GCGCCGAGAGAAACCCCGCGGCGGAUCAGCUGCUUGUUGACAAAUGGGAGGAGGAAGGCGACGGGCGACUCACGGUCCCAUUCAGCUAUUCUGCCACGCUUUUCAGUCGAUUCCUAGCCACUCACAAUGUCGUCUGAGAUUAACUUGCUGCUAGAGAAGGCAACAAGCCCAUUGCUGCUGGACAUAGACUGGGACUCAACUCUGCAUAUUGUUGAUCUGAUACGCCAGGGAGAUGUGAACCCCAAGGCAGCCGUUCAGUCGUUGCUGAAUCGCCUGAAGGACACAAACCCUAAUGUUGUCCUUCUGGCACUGCAAGUGUUUGAGUCUGUCGUGAAGAAUUGCGGGCAGUCUGUGCAUGAGCAGGUGGCAUGUCGAGGUGUUAUGGAGCAGAUUAGUGACAUUUUGCGCUCUAAUCCUAAUGAAGAAGUGAGAAAGAAGAUCCUUAUGAUGCUGGCCACUUGGGUUUAUGCUUUUCGGAAUGAGCCCAAGUAUCGUGCUGUACAGGAUACGGUGAACAUUCUGAGAACAGAAGGUUUCCACCUGCCGACUGUGAGUGAGAGUGAUGCUAUGUUCACAGCUGACCGAGCACCAGAUUGGGCCGAUGGUGAAUGCUGUCACCGUUGUAGGUCACAGUUUACCAUUAUAAGACGGAAGCACCAUUGCCGUGCUUGUGGGCAAGUCUUUUGUGGGGAUUGCUCAAGCAAAUUUUCUACGAUCCCAAAGUUCGGCAUUGAGCGUGAAGUUCGUGUUUGUGAGUCCUGUUAUGACGAUAUCAACAAAUCAACAGUUCUGGACCCAGUGCCCUGGGGCCAAGAGACCAGACCAGCAGAAAGUCCUCAGCGCCCACCAACCAACACCAGUAAAGUGGAGAGUGAAGAAGCCAGUAGUCCCAAAGCUGCUAAGACCCCUGCAAAAUGA